CUUCUCCUUCCCCUCCGCCGCCUAGUUGUCGUCGCCGUUGUUGUUAUUGACGGAAGCAGAGGAAGCGGAAGCAGCCCAAGGUUUUCCUCAGCUCUAAGAAGACUGGGAAAGGGAAGAGGCCUGGGAAGGGCGGGAACCGCUUCUGGAAGAGCAUUGGCUUGGGGUUUAAGACUCCGAGAGAAGCAAUUGAAGAAGCAAUGGACGCCAGGGCUAGAAGAAACAAAAUUU